GUUGCUAUAUAAAUCAUUCCACUUCUUGUUGUAUUGCUUGAGUUCUGAUUGGGCACAGAACUAGUACCUUUGCCAUUACCGUCUCUUUCUCUCAUCAUCAAUCAUCAAUCACCUAAAAGAAAAACCCUAAAAUCUCGUUAUGUAAGCUUUUUACCAGUUUCUCUCCAUACCCAUUUUACCAGCUUCUCCAUAUCCUCUCUCUCUCUCUAUGGAUUCUGACAUAAUGAACAUGAUGAUGCAUCAGAUGGAGAAGCUUCCUCAUGAGUUCUGUAACCCUAAUAAUUCAUCUUUCUUCUCUCCCGACCAUAACAACAACAACACUUACCCUUUUCUCUUCAACUCAAGCCAUCACCACUCUGAUCACUCAUUGACCAACGAACCAGGUUUCCGGUACGGUUCCGCAGGUUUACUUACUAACCCUUCUUCUCUCUCUCCCAACACAGCCUACUCUUCCGUUUUGCUCGACAAAAGAAACAACAGUAACAACAAUAAUAACAGCGCGAACAUGGCGGCUAUGAGAGAGAUGAUCUUUCGCAUCGCCGUGAUGCAACCUAUACAUAUAGAUCCCGAGGCGGUUAAGCCACCUAAGAGGAGGAACGUUAGGAUCUCGAAAGAUCCACAGAGCGUGGCGGCUCGGCACAGGAGGGAGAGGAUAAGCGAGAGGAUUCGGAUUUUGCAAAGGCUUGUUCCCGGUGGGACGAAGAUGGAUACAGCUUCGAUGCUCGACGAAGCUAUUCAUUAUGUAAAGUUUUUAAAGAAACAGGUGCAGUCGCUGGAGGAGCAGGCAGUGGUUGGUGGCGGCGGCGGAGGAGGAGGAGGACCAGGAAGAGUUUUGAUCGGUGCCGGUGGAAUGACGGCGGCUAGUGGUGGUGGCGGCGGAGGAGGAGUGGUUAUGAAAGGGUGUGGGGCAAUGGGGACUCAUCAGAUGGUGGGUAAUGCACAGAUUCUUAGAUGAUGAUUAUCAUUUUAUUAUUAUAAUAUUAAUGUCAGAGUAAAAGAAGCAAAAAAGAAAAAGAUUCUGGAGAGGGAAGAAUUAAUUUAUGUUAAAGAAACUAUGAGAGACUGUUAACUUUGUUUAUCUUGGUUAGAUAAGUGAUGGUUUUUAAAGCCAAGACUCUCCAUGGUUGUUGGAGCGGGUUUGUAAAUUAGGAACUACUAUUGUCAUUGUAAUCCUUGUUAAUGAAAUAAUUAAAGCAUUAAUGAUAUAUAUGCUUUUUCAGUUUCAGCUU